AUGAUUUCCAUUGGACUCCAGACAAAGACCUCUACUCCCAGUGACUUCUGGAUAUUUGCGAGAUGGCAGAUGGUUCAUUUCCAGACUCUGGUCCUUGAAGAUGGCAACUGUGAUAAUAACUUAAUUAUUCGCUACCGCGGAGACAUGGCGAACAAUCAAAAUCCUAACUCAGGGCACAGACCUCACAAUCAAAUUCCUUGGAAUUUUUCACAGGUGGAUGGUCAUUUAGAUGUUGCAGAAAGUGAGAUUUAUUGUCCAUUUGUAAAUCACAGCAAGAUUGCAGACCAGAAAGUUGUUUCUUCAUUCUUGUCGUCUCCUCUCUCAGUUCAGUAUGCAAAUAGAAUACAACGCAAUGGUGACAGAAUUUACCUUGACAAGUAUUACAGUGUAACAUCAAUUCUCAAGCACACCAGGCCAGCUAGUGAAUACUUUGCAUUGAAGAACUGGAAAAAGUCUCAGAUUUCUGAGCUAGGAGAAGAACAGUUUAAGAAGAACAAAAAAAAUACUUUCAAUAGAGGAAUUCUAUUUCACCAUGUUGUGCAGCUGUACUUUAAAAACAGCACAGUUCCAUAUGUAGAGGAAGGUUCGCCUGACUCGGGGUACUGGAAGAGUGUCAGUCAUGUGUUAAAAGACAUCACAAAUGUUGUAGCAGUUGAGAGUGCUGUGGUGCAUCCAUUGUUGGGAUAUGCAGGGACACUGGAUCUUAUUGCAGAAUAUAAGGGAAAACUAAGUGUGAUUGAUUGGAAGACUUCUGCAAAACACAAAACUAAUCUCAAGGACUGCUACUCAUAUCCUCAACAAAUUGUCGCUUAUGCGGGCGCUGUGAAUUUUGAUGACAACUACCCUUUUCAGGUCUGUGAUGGAGUGAUAGUUAUCGCAUAUGAAAAUGGUGAUCCGGCAGAUAUCCAUCAUAUGUCACAGGAAAUGUGUGAAAAGUACUGGCUAGAAUGGCUGAUGCGACUUCAACAAUACCGAAGAACAUUCCCCCAACAUAUUACAACAGAUGCUGAUCUAGAAGUAAACAAAACUGGACAAGAAAUGUAUCAAGGCCACAAAAUUGAAAAAGUGACUGAAUUCGUAAGAGCAAAAUCUGUGAAUAACAUUGGGGUACCAGUGGCCAGUCUUGGUAGGGUCAUCAAAGAUGAAGACAUGUUGGAGGAGGAGAAGGAGGGAGACCCUUCAUCUAAAGAAAGGUUUCAUAGUUUGCAUGCCUGGCUUGCAGCAUUCAAAUCUCCAGAUGCAUGGAAAAAACUGUGGAGAGAUAUUCUUCAGCUUGUUCGCUUUGGGAGAAAAGCUCAAUAACCUUGAUUGAAUUCUGUUUUAAAUUUGUGAAGUGUAUUUUUGCUGGUUAUUAUCUAAGUGUCUGUUAUCUUUAUCCAAUGGAAAUUUUUGUAUUGAUCAAAGGACAACUGAAUAAAAGAAAGAAACCAUUUUGAUUGUUUCAGAGGCAAGAGCUAGUA